AUGGAGGAAGACGAUGCCACAGGCGGUGGUGACGGAGCAAGCGACUUCGGAGGAGGAGGCAGUCUCGAGGACUGGCCAGAUGAAGACGACGAGGAUCACGCGCUGCGCCGCCUGCCGGUUGCCAACAGGGUGGGGGCGAGCUCCUCAGCAGCGCCGACUGCGCCAGGCGGUGCACCAAAGCGCCGAGCCGGCUCGCAGCUGCAAGGCGGCCGGCCGAAUAAACCCAAGGGCUCGGCCGCAGUGACCAGGCAGGAGGAGGCCACCCUGAAGGCGGCCCGAGCCCUGCUAUCACUUGAGCGGUCGGCCUGCACCUCCAUCAUCGGGGGGACGGAGGGCUCCGCCAACACCCGCCGCAUAGACCCGCUCGCCGACCUCCGAGAGGCAACGGAGAAGAACACGCGGGAGGCGCGUGAGGAGCAGGAGGAGGCUCAAUGGCAGAAGGAGGUGGCCAAGGCAGCGCAGGAGGAGGCGGACGCGGCAGCCAAGGCCCAAGCCGACGCUGUAGCCAAGGCCCAGGCGGACGCCGCUACCAAGGCCCAGGCGUACGCGGCCGCCAAGGCGCAAGCAGAGGAAGCCGCACGCAGCCAGACUCCACAGCUCAUCACCCACCUGCGCUCCGCGCCACCGGUACCAGAGAUCCCGGCGCCGAGUGCGGGAGCUGGCAAUGAGCAGCCGGUCAUGGAGAGGGAAGGGGGCGACGCCGCCACCUUGAGGAUGGGGGUGUCUCAGCAAGCGCCGACUGCCAAGGAUUACCACAACAUCCGUGCGGCCGCCUUCAACUCCCAGGUCCAGGAGCUGGCCAAGCGGACCACUGACUUGGCCGACAGCCGGACCAAGGCCACCUGA